UCGGUCAGUGUUGGCAUAGAGCUUGAACCCGUUAGACGUACCGAACGGAACUGACAAAUUUUGUUAAUAGUCGGUUUUAAGACAUAAGUGAUUCGUAAGUGAGUUUAACAAUGAUAAAACUCGGAAGCGUUUCUGUUCGUUCUAUUUCAUUAGUGAUCUUAAGUUUAUCGUACGUUCUAAGUGAUACCUGUCCAGUUUAUUUGACCCUAUCGUCACUCUCGAGACACAUAGAGAACGCUUCAGUGGUCAUAAACUGGGGUCCCGAUUGUGAAAGUCCACCCGAUUGGAUAGGACUCUACACGGAAAACCCAGCGAUAUCCAAUGAUCCUCCCACAGUUAAAGUGAUCGUCAAUGGACAAACGUCCGGAGAAGUCAUCACUGAACAAAAAUUUGGAAAACAACGUUUACCGGGAGGGUGGAAUUUCGAAGAAGUCCUCAGACACAUCCCGAAACGUCGGGCCAAACCAUUAUGCUUCGGUUUCUAUCUAGUAAGCUACGACAAAAACAACGAACUGCAAACAUUUGAAUGUCUGAAAAUUCAACCAAACUGGAUGUUCACCGAAGGCAACAUCGGAAACGUAUCGCUGAAGGAUCUUUUCCUCCCGGGAACCCACUGUUCAGCCUGUUAUCAGACUAAAGCCAAUGUGAAUAACGUCUUCCUCAAACGAGCUGGCUACCGGCAGGAUCUAGACAUAUGGACUCAACUAGUCUUCGGAAUCCGAUAUCUGGACUUUUCAAUCGGUUAUCAUCCGUCUCAUAAUGGAACCCGAAAUUUCUGGAUUAUGAACGAAAGCUACCGAGUGGGAUCGAUCAUUCCCAUUCUACAGGACAUACGCCGCUUCGUCAUCCUAUCGGAGGAAUCAGUUUUCCUAGAUUUCCGACGUUUCCCGCUUGGCUUCCAUAACCAUCCCGAGCAGCAUGCCGAAUUCCUCCAAAUUUUAGAUCAAGAACUGGGUGACCUCAUCUACCGUCGGCCCAACUUUGGCAACGAAGAGAAGGACGAAAGGCAAUCCCAUCAUCUGACGAUGGCACAGAUGCGCCAGGAGGGAAAGUAUAUUCUUGUCACGUACAGUCACGCGGCCAGUCUGAAUGAAUCCGAUCUGAUAUGGGCACCGUGGAAGAAACAUUCCAGCUCGUUUUUGAAACACACCGAACUCGGCGAGUUCAUGAAAAAUUUAUUCUCUCAAAAACAUCCGGAUGCCCCGAAAGAUAUCAGCUGGAGCUUCUACGGUGUUCAAGGAUUACAAAGUAGCUACAGUCCCGACGAGAGCUAUAUGCUGCCAAAGGAACGCGCAAAUUUAAUCAACCCAAAGCUGAUGACAAUGCUCGGAGGGCCAUGGAGCCUGCGAGCCAACGCCGUUCUCUUGGACUAUUUUACCAACACUAAUCUGAUUGACAUGGCCGUUCACACAAAUCGUUACAAAACACUCAAGAGCUUAGGCGACGAGGCUGUCGUGUUGGAUAUUCAGUAGUUAAAUGCGACUUUUUGUUUUAAAUUAUCUUUCAAUAUCUUAAUUCCUGUUUAGUCGAAUAAUGGAAGUAUUACGAUGAUCAUCAUUAUAAAUUAAGCAACUAUAUAAUAUUAAUGCGGGAAUAAAACUCGGAAUACAUUUUGUUCUAAGCUUCAAAUAAGGAAUACAUUUAUAAAUUAGAAAGUA